AUGGCUAUCCUCAACAUCGACUUAGAUUGGCAACGCCACAAAUGGCCACUCUUUUAUUGUUUUGUUUCACUCUUCGGAGCCUUCUGUUACGGCUAUGACACCAUCUAUUACACUGGCGUCCAGGGUAUGGAGCCUUUCAUUCACGACUACGGGACCAAGACCCAAGAUGGAACCUAUGCUCUCGAGACAACCUUCCUGUCCGUGACUGCGUCGGUGAUCUACGCCGGCGAAUUCUGUGGCGCCCUUAUGACAGCCCCAAUCAACGAUACAUGGGGCCGCAAAGCAGUCUUCUACUCUGCCUCAAUCUGUAUCAUUGCAGGCGCUAUCGUCCAAGUAUGCUCAUUUGGGAUCUACGGCGCGUUCUGUGCUGGUCGGGUUCUCAUUGGGCUAGGAAUUGGACAAUUCACAGCCACUUGUUUGAUUUAUAUCAAUGAAGUCGCCCCAGCCGAAAUUCGUGGACCUGCUCUCAUGUCCUUUCAAUUCAUGCAAUCCAUCUCCCAAUUCAUUGGAGCUUGCAUUACACAAGGCACACAAAGCAUCGACAGCCCCUCCUCUUACCGAAUUCCCAUGGGGCUACUGAUGGUGCUUCCGGGUAUCAUGAUUAUCCUGCUUCCAUUCAUCCCGGAGAGUCCUGUAUGGUAUGUUUCCAAAAGUCGACAUGAAGCUGCCGAGGCAGCUCUGCGAAAAAUCUAUCGAAUGCAAGAUUACAACCCGGCGGAGGAUCUUCGACUUAUUCAAGAACAAGUUGAUAAGGAGCGCGAGAUGGAAUCCGAAUCCUCUUGGUCAUCACUCUUUAAAGAUCCAAUCGAACGACGGAAACUUCUUUAUUCCUGUGGCGCCAUGUUCGUGCAACAAAUCAACGGUAUCCAAUUCUGGUAUACGUACGGAGUAGUAUUUGCACAGUCGAUCGGUGUCGGUGAGCCCUUCACUAUCAACACCGUCAUAUACGUUCUGCAAAUAAUCACAGUCGGGGUCUCAGUUGCACUCGGGAACAAACUCCGGCGCCGUACAAACCUACUAGUUUGCACUAUUGGAAUGAUGUGUUCUCUAGUUGCAGUUGGUGGACUUGGAACGACCCGUCAAGGAGGGUCCUUCACGCAAAGCGUUGGAAUUGCGAUUGUUGUCUUCGCUUAUAUCAACAUUGUCUUCUUCAACUUCUCCAUCGGCACGUUGUCCUACACCAUCUCUUCUGAGAUGGCAGUUGGUCGAAACCGAAACAAGAUUACUGCCUGUGCCAUGGGGGUCUUCUUCUUCACCGUCUGGUUGAUCACUUUUGUUUGCCCUUAUAUCUACUACUCGGCUAACUUGGGGCCAAUGCUGGGUUUCGUUUUUGGUGGAACCAGUCUUAUUUGCUUGCUAUACAUCUGGUUCUGUGUUGGUGAAACAACGGGUCGUACAAACAACGACAUUAGCCAGCUAUUCAAAGAAAAGGUCCCAGUGCGUCAGUGGAAAAAUCAUGUUCUCGAGCAGGAAUAUGGUGCAGAAGAGGAUAUGAAAACCUCAUCCAUUCAGGAGAUUGAACAUCCAGUCUAG